CCGGGCGCCGGAAGCAAAGCCGAGGCGACUGUGCGCCCGCUUCCGGGCCCGAACGCCAUUUUCAGCGGUUGAAUUUUGCUAGGGCUAGUUGUCGGUCGGGACAAUGAGCUACGCCUACCAUCAGAGCUGGGGCCGCGAUGCAGGGCCGCGGGGCUCCAGCCAGGGCUCCGGCGGCGGCGGCGGUGGUGGCGGCGGAGGGAGCCGGGGCUCGGGCGGCGGCGGCGGAGGGGGCCGCGGUGGCCGGGGACGGCAUCCCGGGCAUCUGAAGGGUCGCGAGAUCGGCCUGUGGUACGCCAAGAAGCAGACGCAGAAGAACAAGGAGGCCGAGAGGCAGGAGAGAGCUGUAGUUCAUAUGGAUGAGCGACGAGAGGAGCAAAUUGUGCAGCUGCUGAAUUCAGUCCAAGCAAAGAAUGAUAAAGAUUCAGAAGCACAGAUAUCCUGGUUUGCUCCUGAGGAUCAUGGGUAUGGUACUGAAGUUUCUUCAGAGAAAAAAAUAAACUCAGAGAAGAAAUUUGACAGCCAGGAAAAGAAAUCGCUGAACCAAGAAAAAAAGACAUUUAGUAGGAACACUGAGAAAUCAUACAUUGACCGAGAUUCUGAGUACUUACUGCAAGAAAAUGAGCCCAGUGUAGGCUUAGACCAACAGUUAUUGGAAGACCUGCAAAAGAAAAAAGCUGAUCCUCGGUAUAUAGAGAUGCAGCGUUUCAGAAAAAAGCUGCCUUCAUAUGGAAUGCAGAAGGAGCUGGUAAAUUUAAUCAGUAACCAUCAGGUAACAGUAAUAAGUGGUGAAACUGGCUGUGGCAAAACCACUCAGGUUACCCAGUUCAUCUUGGAUAGCUACAUUGAAAAGGGAAAAGGGUCGGCCUGCAGAAUCGUGUGUACUCAGCCAAGAAGAAUUAGUGCCAUCUCAGUUGCUGAGAGAGUAGCUGCAGAAAGGGCAGAGACUUGUGGCAAUGGUAAUAGUACUGGAUAUCAGAUUCGUCUCCAAAGUCGGUUGCCAAGGAAGCAAGGUUCCAUCUUGUACUGUACAACAGGAAUCAUUCUGCAGUGGCUCCAGUCAGACUCGCAUUUGUCCAGUGUUAGCCAUAUUGUACUUGAUGAAAUCCAUGAAAGGAAUCUACAGUCAGAUGUCUUAAUGACUGUUAUAAAAGAUCUUCUCAAUUUUCGAUCUGACCUGAAAGUAAUAUUGAUGAGUGCAACAUUGAAUGCUGAGAAAUUUUCAGAAUAUUUUGGUAACUGUCCAAUGAUACAUAUACCCGGUUUUACCUUUCCAGUUGUGGAAUAUCUUUUGGAAGAUAUCAUUGAAAAGCUAAGAUAUGUUCCAGAACAAAAAGAACAUAGAUCCCAGUUCAAGAGGGGUUUUAUGCAGGGUCAUGUAAACAGACAAGAAAAAGAAGAAAAAGAGGCUAUCUAUAAAGAACGCUGGCCAGCUUAUAUGAAGGAGCUGAGAACAAGAUACUCUCCAAGUACUGUAGAUGUUUUGGAAAUGAUGGAUGAUGACAAAGUUGAUCUGAAUUUGAUUGCUGCCCUUAUUCGAUACAUUGUUCUGGAAGAAGAGGACGGUGCAAUACUGGUCUUUCUACCAGGCUGGGACAAUAUCAGUACUUUACAUGAUCUAUUGAUGUCACAAGUGAUGUUUAAAUCAGAUAAAUUUCUUAUUAUACCUUUACAUUCACUGAUGCCUACAGUAAACCAGACACAGGUAUUUAAAAAAACUCCUCCCGGUGUUCGGAAAAUAGUAAUUGCUACCAACAUUGCAGAGACUAGCAUCACCAUAGAUGAUGUGGUUUAUGUAAUAGAUGGAGGGAAAAUCAAAGAAACACAUUUUGACACACAGAACAACAUCAGUACCAUGUCUGCUGAGUGGGUGAGCAAAGCUAAUGCCAAGCAGAGGAAAGGGAGAGCUGGAAGAGUUCAGCCUGGUCAUUGUUAUCAUCUGUACAAUGGCCUUAGAGCAAGUCUUUUGGAUGAUUACCAACUACCAGAAAUUUUGAGAACUCCUUUGGAAGAACUUUGUUUGCAAAUAAAGAUUUUAAGGCUAGGUGGAAUUGCUUAUUUUCUGAGUAGGUUAAUGGAUCCGCCAUCAGAUGAGGCAGUAUUGCUCUCCAUAAAACACCUAAUGGAACUGAGUGCUUUGGAUAAGCAAGAAGAAUUGACACCUCUUGGCGUCCACUUAGCCCGAUUGCCUGUUGAGCCACACAUUGGAAAAAUGAUUCUUUUUGGAGCUUUGUUCUGUUGCUUAGAUCCAGUACUCACUAUUGCUGCCAGUCUCAGCUUUAAAGAUCCCUUUGUCAUCCCACUGGGAAAAGAAAAGAUUGCAGAUGCGAGAAGAAAGGAAUUGGCAAAGGAAACUAGAAGUGAUCACCUGACAGUUGUGAAUGCAUUUGAGGGCUGGGAAGAAGCUAAGCGACGUGGUUUCAGAUAUGAGAAAGACUACUGCUGGGAAUAUUUUCUGUCCUCAAACACACUGCAGAUGCUGCAUAACAUGAAGGGACAGUUUGCGGAGCAUCUUCUCGGAGCUGGAUUUGUAAGCAGUAGAAGUCCCAAAGAUCCAAAAGCGAAUAUAAAUUCAGAUAAUGAAAAGAUAAUUAAAGCUGUCAUCUGUGCUGGCUUAUAUCCCAAAGUUGCUAAAAUCCGACUGAAUUUGGGUAAAAAAAGGAAAAUGGUGAAAGUUCACACAAAGUCUGAUGGUCUGGUUUCCAUUCAUCCUAAGUCUGUCAAUGUGGAGCAGACAGACUUCCGUUAUAACUGGCUUAUCUAUCACCUGAAGAUGAGAACAAGCAGUAUAUACCUGUACGACUGUACUGAAGUUUCACCAUACUGCCUCUUGUUCUUUGGAGGAGAUAUUUCCAUCCAGAAAGAUAAUGAUCAGGAAAUUAUUGCUGUAGAUGAAUGGAUUGUGUUUCAGUCUCCAGAAAGAAUUGCCCAUCUUGUCAAGGGGCUAAGAAGGGAGCUGGAUAUCCUUCUGCAAGAGAAGAUUGAGUGCCCUCAUCCAGUAGACUGGAACGAUACUAAGUCCAGAGACUGUGCGGUGCUGUCAGCUAUUCUAGACUUGAUCAGAACACAAGAAAAGGCUACUCCAAGGAACUUGCCACCACGGUCACAGGAGGGAUAUUACAGCUGAUAGCUUUCUGUGGUGGUCUAAAGCCUAUCCAUGUUUAUU